AUGUGGUCCACUGUCUGGGUAAUUCUUUGGCUCGGAGCCAUCUUAGCGGUACAGGGAAACCGCACUCAUAUGGCGAAGGGCCCCGGAGUGCUGGAAAAUCGCUUGCUCUCGCGACGGGUGCGAGGCUUAGUCUUUCCGGACAAGGCUUCUAUCUUGCUGACGGCCGCCCUAACAAAAAUCAUUGUCGGCGGUCGACCCAGUGGUCUUCAGUAUAGUCUGGAGUUUGAUAUGUACGUUCCAUUGCCCGACACGGUUGAGGGUUGGCAGCCCAAAAUCCUAAAGAGGUUGAAGCCCAAACCUACACCAAAACGCCGAUGGGAUUGGUCUCAUUACCAACGACCUGCGAGCUCUUAUUCAUAUGAAACCCCUUCUAAAACAGCAUCUAUUGCCAGGGAUCCAUUAUACCAAACCCAAUCGAAAUACUGGGGACCUUACAAGGUAACUUCCAAGGCCAGGGAUUCAUUCUACCAAGGCAAAACUAAUUCUUGGGAACCCUACAGAACUACUUCUUAUGCCAGUCCUGCCUUUAAUAGAGAUUCAUUUUACCAAACACCCUGGUAUCCAUCAUCACCUGUUUCUCGUAAGAAUGCAUAUGAACCCGAAGAAGAGGUCUACGAAUCGUGGGCCCAAGUUCCUAGCUGGAAGCUAAAUCGUGGAUACAGGGAGCGCAGAGAAAUAUUCGAUCAGUUCGAAGCCCUGGGAAAAGUUUUUCAGUUGGACCUCAGAUCGUGUAUCAAGAGAGCCAUGUGCGAGCUUCGAGCUAGACUUAAUGCGGGCCAUGAUCAAGGCUUCCUAAUGGAUGAUCUAGUGCGGAUUGUGCUGACAGUGCCCGAGGAGAUAGCCGACAGGAAGUACAGGCAUCGUAUGGAUGUCCAGGAUUGCGCUCGGUUCUACGCCCCCAGUUGUCCCUACAAGGUGCUGGAUUUCCUUACACCGAGUGCCCAAAAAAUUUGA